CAAUUGUCAAUUGAAGAAUCCUAAAACCCUAGUUCUUAAGAGAUUAGAGCCAGAGAUAUGGACGCGGACCAAAGAUCGCAGCCCGUCUGCGGCCAAGAAGCCCUUACUCUUCUCAACUGCACCACCGAGACUCCUUAUGAUACCGAUAAAUGCGCUCGUCUCCUCCAAGAACUUCGCCAAUGCGUCCUCAGCAAGAAAGUGAAGAAGUUUUCACUUGUGGAACCGAAUGAUGGAAAAUCAGAUGCACUGAGUGGGAAGAUGCCUUAAGCUUUGUUGUGCGUCUUCUACCGUCUCAUGGUUUGAUAUUCUGCAAUAUAAUGUUCGGAAAUUGAUUCGUAUGUGGUGGGGGCUUGACUAUAAAAACCAGGUGUGGUCAUAAUAUCUUGUAAAACUUGUAUGCUUUAACCAGUUUUGAUUUAAAUCAUCCCAAGCAUUGAAAAUCACAUGUAUUUCACUUUGUUAACAUGUUAAAUCCAUGAAAAAUCUGACUGAUAAUUUUGGGGAAUAUUCAAACUAUUGACAUUUGGUGUUGUGCCUCAACCAUUUGGAGUACUGAAUUUGGUGGAUAACCAUGUUUUUUGCAUUCUAAUACAGUGGUCGUUCAAUAAUUCAUACAACAGAACGACUGAUCAAGAAAAGAAAUAUAAAUUCCCAAUACAUGAUUCAACAAUCUAACACAAUAAAACAUACAACCAAAGUCCAGGGGUAGAACCAUUCAAAUGGCAUUAUGACUCAUAAAAUACUUCGCAAAUUCAACCUUUGUUUGAUUGAUGUCAUCCUCGGUGUAUUCCAGAUUUCCCC